GAGAGGGAGGGCGGCUGCCUCUUACGUCACCCUUAGAGAAAGCUGGGAUACUUUGUUCUCGCUCCUUGAUCCCGAACGAUUCUUUCAUCUUAAACGUUUCACCGGACGACUUAAGAUGGCGCAGCAGUUUGUGCAAACUAAGAUCAAAGGAGAUAAAGUAGUGCUGUUCGUCAAGCCCACGUGCUCGUUCUGCAUUACGGCCAAGGACGUUUUGUCGAAAUACAAAUUCAAGCCGGGACAUUUUGAGUGCAUCGAUAUCAGUGGACGCGGCGACAUGGACAACCUGCAGGACUACUUCCGGGAACUCACCGGAGCGCGCACGGUCCCCAGGGUGUUCAUCGGUGACGAGUGCGUCGGAGGCGGCAGCGACGUGGCGGCGCUUCACAAGAGCGGUGAACUGGAGAAGAUGCUGCAGUCCAUCGGAGCCCUGCAGUGACCUCCAGGCACCCGGGUGGUGGUCACAUGACUAUGCAGCGGGACUUGCGUAGUUUGCGUCGCCGCUGCUGGUACUCGCUGAGCUCCUGCAGGUAGCCUGUGGACGGCCAGCGCAGCCUCUCCACCUGCUCACGCUCCUCCUCUGCAACACGUAUAAACACAUCACAUUUAAUCACAGCUGAAGCCCUUUACUGUGCUUGGCUCGCUAGGAGCACGUAUACAUAAUACCGCUUGCAUUGUUGCCAAUAAUACAGCCAACAAGACUGAAUUGUCUGAUACUUUGUUUAUACCAAGAAGCAUCGUGAGCUGUGGCCUUAUUAUUGUUGUUGUGCCCUUAAUUUCCCGUCCAGUGAUCAUUCUAGUGUGUAUGACUAAUGAUGACAAUAAAAACACUGCUAUUAACCGGA